AUGGAAAGCGCGAUGGAGCUUGCGGAUGAGUGUCUACCCCGCAUCUGGGAGCACACCUCGGGCUACAUCAGCACAAUGGCAGUGAAAUGCGCGGUCGAGUUGGAGAUUCCAGACCUCGUCCACCGCCACGGAGCUCGUCCCAUCACCCUCCUCGAGCUCGCCUCCUCGCUGGUAAUCCCGCCUGCCAAAGCUCCGUUCCUGUCCCGCCUCAUGCGCGCGCUCGUCCACUUGGGCUACUUCCUCGAAGACGACCAAGGCCGCUAUUCCCUGGCGCCGCUGUCCCGCCUCCUCCUCAAGGAGAACCCCUUGAGCGCAAGGUCAGCGCUCCUCCUCGGGAGCGAUCCUGUCAUGAUGGAUCCUUGGCGCCACAUGAGCACUUGGUUUCGCGCUGCAGGCGUCGAGGAAGAAGAAGAACAACAGCAGCAGCAGACUCCGUUCGCGCUCGCUCACGGUGGCAGGAAGCUGUACCAAGUCGCUGCCGAGGACCCGCGCUUCGCCCGGCUCCUGAACGAAGGCGUCGGGAGCGACAGCGAGCUGUUCGGUAGGGUUUUGGCGGGCAAGUGCCAGAAGGCGUUCCAGGGGUUGACCUCGCUCGUGGAUGUAGGAGGCAACACCGGGAACACGGCUCGAGUCCUCGCCGACGCUUUCCCUGGCAUCGAAUUCACCGUGUUUGAUCUCCCCCAUGUGGUUGCCGGGUUGAAACCCACCCAGGAGAAUCUGUGUUAUUGGGUGCUAAUCGACUGGGGCGACGAGUCCUGCGUGGAGCUACUGAAGCAAUGCAAGAAAGCGGUGACGACUAGUGGUGGAAAGGCAGCAGGAGGGAAGGUGAUGAUAGCAGACCAUGUGCUAGGCCACGAAAGCUGCAACGACCACAGCUCCACCACAGCGCUGCUGUACACGGACCUGGUCAUGAUGUCUUGUUUUGAAGGCGCCAUAAGAAGUGAACAACAGUGGUCCAAACUCUUCACUGAAGCUGGCUUCUCCAACUACACAAUAACUCCAGUUGGUGGGCUGCGGGUUCUCAUUGAAGUCUAUCCUUAA